UUUAGUUGAAGGACUAUUGCCUGUGGAAGGAUACAAAAGUGUGAUGCGGCCUGUUAUUGACAGGUGACCUCACUAGCAGGAGGGGUGUGCCAGCAGUGACUGUGUAAACAACAUCAGCAGGACAUAUUAGGAGUUCUCUAACCCUAUGUUUCAGAUUGGAGCCACAAUUUUGGCCAGUUUUGUGGUUAUAUUAGGAAUCCUGAUUGCUUGGCUUGCAACUGUUCCCACUGAGAGUGAAGAAGAAUUUUGCAGAAUGGCUGAAGCUGCCCCAGGCAAGGAAGAGGAGUUCAGGUCGACCAAUCAGACGGCUUUUGUGGUGGGACAUACGGGUGGAACUGGCUCGGCAUUGGUUGAAGAACUUGUGAACCGGAAUAUCUUCCAGAAGGUGGUCCUGAUUGGUCGAAGGAAACUUGACAAGUAUGAAGAGGAGAAGUACAACAUGUUGGAACAGAAGAUAGUAGACUUCGAGAAGUUAGAAGAUUAUGCAGAUGAGUUCAAAGGUCACAGCGUGGGCUUUGUUUGUCUUGGAGCAGCGAAAGGAAGUGUCGGAAAAGAGGAAUACCAAAAAUCAAACCAUGACUACAUCGUGAAAGUAGCAGAGCUGGCUAAAGCUGGAGGCUGCAGCCAUUUUGUACUUACAUCUGCCAUCGAUGCAGACAAGGACUCCAUGAUGGUCCACAAGAGACUGAAGGGUCAGGUGGAAGCUGAGUGCACAGACAUGGGCUUUCAGAAGUUGUCUAUUUUCCGACCAGGACUGAUCCUAGCCCAGCAGGCCAAGAGGAAUUCCAGGGUCUUAGUUGCGCUGCUGACUCCCAUCAUCUACUUCAAACCCACACUGAUGUCUGUUCCUGCUGAAACUAUCGGCAAAGCCAUGGUCAACACUGUCCUGGACCCGAGUGAAGAGGCUGUGAAGAUUAUUGAUAACAAAGGUAUCCAUCUAGUGGCAAGUGGAAAGGAAUGUAAAAAAUAGUUGCACAUUUUUUAGUGAUGUCUUGUGUAUUAAACCUUUCAACAAACUCUUGUAUAACAAGGUCAGAGAAUUAGUUUGAGAAAUAGUUAGGAAAAUAUGUCUUUUUUGAUGGAUUUUAUAUAAAAGCAUACUUUCAUCCCAUACUACUGUUUUGUAUGUUUGUUAGAUAACAG